CCUAGGUCACAGGGAGGAGGAGGAGGAGAAUGAUGAUGAUGAUGGGAUAGAGCUUGGCUCGCGGCGUUAAACCCACCCGUCUAUUUUCUCUCUCUCUCUCUCUUUUACUUUCUUCUUUCCGUCCUUGCGUCGUCGAUUCUCGCCUUUCGCUCUCUUCUUCAUCGGCUCCCGCCUGUCCGGGACAAGGCGGCCUGCUGUUUGGUUGGGUUUUGCCUUCUGCCAUGGAUAGAAAUAAGGCUUGAACGGACGGAGAAAAGGGCGGAACAUGAGUAUGAGGAACACAAGCACCUACAACAUUUUUUGCGGCUCAUCAUGGAUGGCUUCACAGAGUUUUCUCCUCUCCUUUUCUUUUCCUUCGGAACUAAUACUACAACACAUCAACGAACGGCACGGCGAAAAAGGGGAUCGAUUAAUAUUGCUUUGCGUUUAUAGUGCGGUCUCGCGCUGCCUUUGCGACUUGGGGGGCGGGGGACUGGUUCGGUUUCUUUUUCUUUUUCUAAUGGGCUUUGAGGUUUGGCAGGUGGUCUCUUGCCCGUUUUCAGUUUGCUUUUUCGCGUAUUCGAGAGCGGAUGUAUCCAGCAAGCUAAGGAUGUUUUUCCCUUUGCUUAGAGUGUCUGGUUUUUCUUUUUCGAAAGAUCGGGCGGACACACCGACAGGAUGGCAAAUGGCAAAUCAAGAAAGGGGCCUUUGACACCCAAUGGUAUUCUCGGAAGAGGUAUCGUAUCGUGUCGGAUGGCUAGAUGCGGACAGAUAUUUUCUCCCCUAGCUAGACAGAAACCAGGCACACCAUCCAUAACA